UUUCCCAUUCUCUUCCUUUCCUUCCCCUUUCCCUUCCCUUUCCCUUUCCCUCCCCUUUCCCUUUCUUCCCCUUCCCUUCCCUUCUUUUUUCCCAGGUGAUUGGCAGGACACUGAAAGUUACGGAGAGUCCCCUAUGGAGUCCUCAGAAACAACCAGCCCUGAAGCAGGAAAAGAGACCUUCCAGAAUGAAAAAGAGCCUCCCAAACCAUCCAAGAGCGAGAAGUGCUCUUCCCCUUUUCGGGAUGCCGACAUCCACGAUCUCCUGGUCCCGCAAGAGGGUCGCCAAGGGAAGUGGAGGAUCAAGUGUCCCGUGUGUGGGAAGAUGUGCAAAUAUAAAUCAGACUUCAACCGGCACCGCGUGACCCACACGGGGGAGAAGCCGUAUCGAUGUACGGAGUGCGGCAAGAGCUUCAGCGACAGUGGCACGCUGACCGCGCAUCAGAGAACCCACACGGGGGAGAAGCCGUACGAGUGUAGCGAGUGCGGGAUACGCUUCAAUCGUAGCGGGAGCCUCAAGCGGCACCAGAGGACCCACACGGGGGAGAAACCCUAUCAAUGCCUGGAGUGCGGGAAAUGUUUCAGCCUGAAAUCCAUCUUGACCACACACCAGAGGACCCACACGGGGGAGAAGCCCUUCAAGUGCAUGAACUGCGGAAGGAGCUACAGUCGUAAAGGCAGCCUGGAUAGGCACCAACGGGAUCACCCGGGGGAGCAAGCCUACAUCUGCGCGGAGUGCGGGAAAAGCUUCGUGGUCAGCGAUAACCUUCCCGCCUACCGAAAUCACGACGCGGGGGACCAGCCGUAUAAAUGCAUUGAUUGCGAAAGCCGAGUCAUCAAUUUGGUCUAGCCUUCACAUCAGAGCCUGCUCUGAGGGGAAGCCCUGUGAAAAGAGGAGACACCUAACCUUGUUUGGGAAGCCAAAACGACCCACCACGCCCCCCACCCCCACCCCAAGAAGGGCAAAGCUUUAAAUGUUUGUAUAUUGAGAAGAGUUUGGGGUGUGAAUGGCAAACGGCCUUUGCAUCGAAGGGGUCACACAAGCAAGGGGUCCAAUAAGGAGGGCUGUGAAAUUGAAAGCAGGGAGAAAAUUAAAGAGAGAGAGAGAGAGUCAGUCUGUGGAGAAAUUCAUGAGAGAGAGAGAGAGAGAGAGAGAGAGAGAGUCUGUGGAGAAAUUCAUG